AUGCAGACGGAAUACUUUGAGCUAUGGGUGGGCGCGUGGCCCUCUGCCAUCGACUGGACCGCUGCCGUCAUGAACACCCAAAUCGUCUCCUCCAUGGCCACAUUCAGCCGAGCCCUUGACGACCCAUCCUUACUGCCCACGUCAGACGAGGAUUACGGGAAUAGCGUCGGCCCAGCGCGGGACAUUGAGAACGAUUUGAAUCGCUACUUCUCCCAGAGCGUGGCCUACUAUUUCGGUGAGGAUGCCUUUGCGAUCCGUAACGAGGCCAAUGAUGAUAUGCUCUGGGUGGUCCUUAGCUGGCUCGAGGCCAUCAAGCUCAUCGACGUCCAUUCCCGUCUGCACUACCAUUCCCCUGGUGAUGGAUCGUUCAGAUCGUGGCAUGGCACCCAGUUCGUGAAAGCGUUCGCCCAUCGAGCCCGCGUCUUCUACGAUCUGGCUGCUCGAGGUUGGGAUACCACCCUGUGUGGUGGUGGCAUGGUCUGGAACUCUCAUCUCGAGCCCUACAAGAACGCCAUCACCAACGAAUUGUUCAUCGCAGCAUCGGUAGGCAUGUACCUCUAUUUCCCUGGCGACCACAACCCUUCCCCUUUCAUGGCUCAACAUCUGAAGUCCAGCCUUGACACCCCUGAUGCCGAGCCGCAUGAUCCUUCUUACCUUGCAGCUGCAGUACAGGGAUACGACUGGCUUAAGAAAAGCAACAUGACUAAUACACUUGGCCUGUACGUCGAUGGUUUCCACAUUUCCGGGUUGAGGCGGAACUCGACCAUCUGCGAUGCCAGGAACGAGAUGGUAUAUACCUACAACCAGGGCGUCCUCCUGAGCGGCUUACGCGGUCUGUGGGAGAGCACCGGCAACACCACCUACAUGUUCGAUGGACACGAACUGGCUCGAAAUGCCAUCAAAGCGACGGGCUGGCUCUUCGAUCUUGACGCUGCGACUUCCAAUUCUGCAUGGGCCGGUCUGGGCCGCGCAGGGAUCCUGGAAGAGUUCUGUGACGCCCAAGGAGAUUGCAGUCAAGACGGGCAAACGUUCAAAGGCAUCUUCUUCCAUCAUCUGACAUUGUUCUGCGUACCCCUUCCUGCGCUGCCGCUCUACCCAGGGAAAACGCACGCCGCAGGGAAAGAGCUUGCGUUGCUGCAUCAUCAGAGCUGCCAGGAAUAUGCUCUAUGGAUAGCUCACAAUGCUCGGGCCGCAGUAAGCACCAGAGAUGCCGACGGCAAGUUCGGCUCUUAUUGGGGAGAACAAGAUGAUAGCUAUUUGAAGACUUCACUACCUGACGGUGCCACUGACUACCGCAAUAAUGCCUCGGAGUUGCUUAACUGGCCGUGGAUGUCGCCAAGUGAAGGAAUCGGUAUUCGUCACCAAGACAUAGCGCAGCAGCAGCGUUUGAAGAAUGUAUACGAAACCGCCCAGAAUGAUCGCAGCGAGGGCCUACGUACCUCGCAAGAUCCCAACGAUCGAGGUCGAGGACGCACUGUAGAAACGCAAGCCGGUGGCGUGGCUGUCUUGAAAGCGUUGUGGGAGUUACUAUACAUGCAAUGA